AUGCUCGGAAAAUUCUCUCUUGUAGUGGUGAUGCUGGUUGCCCGGGCUUUGCCCGGGCUUGGAGCGAUCAUUGAGCCAGAAUUGGUAAAAGUGACAACCUCCCAGACAGUUCGAGGUGGUGAACUAGCCAAUAUUUAUUUGACUUGGGUCAACCAACCACCAAGUUUGAUCAAAUCAGUCUAUGCGCCCUGUGAUAGCGAGAGUUCUUCGACAAAAGGGCAAAUCAUCGGACAAUUUUCAAUCCACGAUCACCCUCCGCAAAGGCUGGCUUGGGCGGUUCGAGAGGACGCUCCAACGCACCAUUGUGUUCACAUAUAUGGGUCUGACAGCCCAAAUACGACGCAAAAGGUCUUGGGCAAAAGCAGCCCUGUCUCCUUGCAGAAUAAGCGCAAGAAGCGGUCCACGGCAGAUAUCGAUAGCCCAUUGCUGAAGGACUUUGAUGCGCAGGGAGCGUGGUUCGACGGAGUGGCCAAAAUCAAAGACAAGGUGGAAAGUGACGGAGGAGUGGCGUCAAAAAUCUCACUCAAGAACACUUCGAUCGCAAUUGUCGGAGGUGGGAUCUCUGGACUUGCAACGGGGUUGAUGCUGGACAGCGUCGGUGUAUACAACUGGGAGAUCAUUGAAGCCAGCGACCGCAUUGGUGGCAGAUUUCGCACCAAAUAUGUCGCAGAUACUGAAGAAUGGGCUGAGAUGGGACCAAUGCGACUUCCAUACUCUGUCACUUACAAAGACGAUAAUGAGACACUCCUGUACUCCGAUCAUCAGUUGACUUUUCAAAUGGCCGAGAUCUUGAACAACAUGAAUGGGAAUGAUUCGCAAUGGAAAAUUGAUUUUAUUCCCUGGAUCCAACACAGUCCCAAUGAGUUGUAUGCUCAAGGGACUCGGCGCCAUCCAGAUGGAAGAAUUCCAACGCGCGCUGAGAUCGAGGCAGAUCCAAGCCUGGAAACCCCCUCAGAAAUGACAAACGCCGAGUACCACAACACCGAGGACCAGAUGAAUAAAAUCCUGAAAGACGAAAAGACUCUCAAGUCGCUUCAGAAGGAUAUCUGGAGGGCUCACAAGACCGCAAUGGACCAAGGGCUAGAUGACUGGAGCGAACAGGCGAUGAUGCGGCAUGUUUUCAAAGCUAGUCAGAACAUCACAGACGAGAUCUGGACGUCGUCCGACUACGAUGUGUUCUGGGAUGAGCUGCAUCAUAACUCCAACCUCGGGUUGGAUGGAAGCAGAGACAGUAUAGGCAAAACAGAAUGGCUCUGUAUCGAUGGAGGAUUCAACCGCCUUUCUGAUGCUUUUAUUCCUCACGUCCGCGACAGGCUUACUCUUAAUCGGAAAAUCAGAAAACUCGAGCCAGUCAAGGGAAGUGAUGGUCAUACUCGCACUCGACUGUCAUGGUACCCUAAUGUCUCAAAUCGCACCUCCGAGUCUAAAGAGUACGACUACACAAUCAUGACCGCGCCAUUCACUAUGACCCGCUUCAUGGAUCUACCCAAGUUUUCGUCGGUCCUAAACCGCGCAAUCGGUGAAGCCGGUCUACGAUUCAAGUCCGCAUGCAAAGUAGCCCUACUAUUCUCCGAACGAUUCUGGGAAAAGGGCGACCGACCAAUUUUCGGUGGUUACUCCAAGCCAUCGAGUGACUCGGUUGGUGCACUUUACUACCCAGUAUAUGGUCUCAACGAAUCCCGUCCGGGUCUAAUCAUGCACUACCGAGGCGGCGAUUGGAGUGACCGAUUUGUGAGUUUCUCUGACGAAGAACAUGUCCAGACGGUACUGGAUUCGAUUGUCAGCCUACACGGUGAGCAAGCGCGUGACCUCUACACGGGAGAUUAUGAACGUCUCUGCUGGCUUCAGGAUGAGCAUACCGCGACUUCUUGGUGUCGGCCGGAUGUUGCACAGCAUGAACUAUACAUCCCGGCUUAUCACCAGACGGAGCAUAACACUAUUUUUAUUGGAGAGCACACUGCACCAACACAGGCUUGGGUUAGCUCUUCAUUGCAUUCUUCUGUUCGUGGGUCGGUUCAGUUGUUAUUGGAGUUGGGCUUGGUGGAUGAGGCGAAGGAACUGAAUCAGCGGUGGAUGGGGAGAUGGAUCAGGCUAUAA